AUGUUAGUUUCUUUGACUGUCGGCAAGGUCGAUGCCGGUGUCGCGGUCUUGCUCACCCAGGACAAGCGGUUGAUCGAGUUUCCUUCUAUUCUCCUACCGUCAACCAUCACAUCGGGCUCGAUCGUUGAUAUCGAGGUCAGGCAGAACCACGAGGCAGAACGGAAUUCACACGCCGCUUUCGCUGCCUUACAGAGACAAAUACUAAACACUUAUGGUCUCCAUAUCCCUGCGACACCUGUCUUGCGCCUCCGCAAUGCCACACAAACCUCCCUCGUCCUCGAAUGGGAUCCCAUUCAGUUGGCAACGACUACUCUACGUUCACUUGCCCUCUACCGCAAUGGAAGCAAGGCAGGGAACAUCCCACGCCCCCUAGAGACGCUCAGCACCAAAAUGAGUGGAUUAGCGAUCGACACAGAGUACUCAUUCUAUUUGGUGCUCAAAACCAGCGGCGGAAUAUAUACGAGCAAUACCCUCACAGUCAAGACCCACGCAAUGAACAACCUGACGGGUAUAACCGUCACCCCGGGGAUACUGCCUCCGCAACUGAGAGAAAGUCUUGAAGCAGCUAUUGCGCGUAUCGGCGCAAGAAUCAACGACACGGUCAAGAUUGACACCACCCAUUUCGUCUGUACAGAAGGUCGGGGUCGUGAUUGGGAAAGAGCAAAUGAGAUGAAUAUCCCUGUCGUCAGGCCUGAAUGGGUGGAGGGCUGUGAACGAGAAGGAAAAAUCAUCGGAGUCCGUGGAUAUUAUUUGGAUGCGGAUCCCAAACAAAGACAGCUCGGGUCGAACCCAAGUCUUUCAGCACCGGCAGGCCGACCUUCCACCACGACUGCGCCAAAACCCCAACACGCAAAUGUGCCUCAGCAGCCAAAAGAACAGCCGCCAAAAAGUCCUGAUAGAGAGAGCACUGUAAGCGGGGAGCCGGGUCCUGAAGUUCUUCCUACACCUCCUCUCCAGAAAGAGCUACCGCCGACGCCAGCCGACGAUGGCGAAGAGGGCAGCGAAGAGGAAGAAGCUGAAGAUGAGGAACAAGAGGCCGCACCGGCCGAGCCAAAGGGUAAAGGCAAGGCCCCAGAGGUCGAGCUAGAUCAGGAGGAUGACGAGGAGGAUGAUGGAGAGGAAUUAGGUGGUUCCCAGCAGCUGUCCAAAGCUGAGGGCAAAGGGGCCGAAAUGGAAGAUGUCGCUUUAUGA